AUGAAUACCACUUACACGAGCACUUCUCUGCGGGACAGAGACAAUGCCAUCCACGACAAGUACCAGAGUCAAAUCCGCGAGUUAGAGGCAAAGGUGGAAAGACUGAAGCACCAAAACGAUAAACAUCUGAAGACUAUAUUUGAUUAUCGCAAUACUGGCCAACGUCUAGCCCAGUCACUUGGGUAUAGCGAUGUACUUGAAGCACAGGUCGCCAUCGACUCCGCGGACUACCCUAUGACACUCCUGGAGGCGUUUAAGCGUCUGGAAGAAGUUGAGGCACAAUUAGCUGUCUAUAAGGCGGAUACGGAGGAAAUUCGGGCCAAGCUGAAAGGUGCUGAAGAAAAACGCAAGGAAACUGAGCUAGAGAAUCGAAAACUUGUGAAGGAACACGCUCAGCUUCAAAAGCAAUAUGACGCACUUGUUGUGAUCAGAGAACGUGCUACCAAGAGGUACCAGUCUGAUUUCAAGAAUUGGAAGAAGACGUACCGUCUACAUCAUCCGGAGGAUAUACGAAGUCGUCAGUAUGAAUAUGAACCCGGCAUUUCGUUAGAGGAGCAACAAAGACGAAUGUUACUCAUCGAUGAACACCGAACCAGGCUGCGUAAAAUGAUUGCUGACCGCAAGGAUGCCAUAGACUCUCCUCGGGUUAAGAAAGAGGAUGAACAUGACAAGGAGAACCAAAACACGCCUGUCGCUACUACACGUAAACGACGAUUUGGGUCCGAAUCCCCUACACCUUCGAAAGCAGCGCAGGCUCUGCCACUUCGCAAAUCUCUGCUUUCAACAGUCACAAAUAUGACUGCGCCUUCAGCUUCACCAACUGUGUUCAAUGUGCAUCGAUCUGCUAAUAUACCAACAACACCCCUUGCAGCCCAACCAAUGCCAGAUGCCAUUCAAGUGAAACCGGAACCUUCGUCAAGUCCAAUUAAUUUAAAUAGAUCAAGUUCCCCCUCGAUAGAGCCGCAUAUACAAGCCUCUUCAGAGACUGAAGAUGACUCGCAAGCGAUUCCCAUCGAAAAGACCAACAGUCGGACAGGAGAAAUCACUAUAACCAAAAUCCCGGCACCCACCCCGAUAGCUGGGUCAAGUCGAGUUAGCGGCUUCGGCACAGAUUUUGUACAAGCCAUUAGGACUAUAGAACCAUUCCAGCUACAUCGUGAAUCAGAAAGACCCAACAAACUUCGUAGGCUAAGCGAGAACAGCCACGAGCUCCGUCGCGAACCUUCAGCAUUAACUGAUGUCUCAAGGAUCUCGCACUCUGAUCCUAGGCCUUCCUCGAAAGAAAAGGCGAAGGAAAGUGAUAACGCUAUUGUUACCCCACUCACGACGCGGAAUCGUGGGCAAAAGCAUUUGGAGGACUACUCGGCAUUCAAAGGACGCGGAAGGUACAGCAAACCGACAGAAGGUCCUCAAGAUACCAGUAUCAACGCUCUUUACGAAAUCGAUCCUGCUCAGAAUGCAGGGAAGAACUUCCAGUACGAUGAAGUUGUCAGAAACCGAGAUGAACGCCGAAAAUUGAAUGCGGGGGACUGCGAGUGUUGCCGCGAGUAUUACGAAAACGUCGGGCCGCUUCCGAGUCGGCUGAAACAGCCAUUGUGGCGGUCUCCUCCAAAUACACCUGUCAAGCCUUGCCCGCGACACUCACAUCUAUCCUCCUCACCCGAGGAGCAUCGCCGACGCGCGCACUCUCCAUCGAACGUUUCCGGCUCCGUACUUCGUCAAUCCGAUAUUGACUCUCAUAAGAAAGCCAUUUCGCGGCAUCGCCAUAAUUGGGAUCGUGCUGCUACGCCUCCAGCGUAUUGGGAUAUCGGGUUUCCUAGUACUCAAGAAGCGAGCGAUAUCAACAAGAAGGCUAAAGAAAUGCAUGAGCGAAAAAAAGACAAGAUUGCAAAGGAAGCAGCGGUCGAAGGAGGUCGAUACCGCAGGAAAUAA